GCCCUUCUUCCUCUAAUUCUUCUCUCUUUGCCUCCUUCUUGAAAGCCUUUUUCGGAUUGUUUUUGGGAGCCUCGCUAUCAAAACCAUCUUUUGUUGGUUGUUGUAUUAAGAGACGACAAUGAGGAAGCCUUGUUGUGACAAAGAAGGCACCAACAAGGGAGCCUGGUCCAAGCAAGAAGACCAGAAGCUUGUUGAUUACAUAAAAGCUCAUGGUGAAGGCUGCUGGCGUUUCCUCCCCAAAGCUGCAGGUUUGCACCGUUGUGGUAAAAGUUGUAGGCUGAGAUGGAUAAAUUAUCUAAGGCCAGACAUCAAACGUGGUAACUUUGAGCAAGAUGAAGAAGACCUUAUUAUCAAGCUUCAUGCCCUCCUUGGUAACCGGUGGUCGUUGAUAGCAGGAAGGUUGCCUGGAAGAACAGAUAAUGAGGUGAAGAACUAUUGGAACACUCAUAUCAAGAGAAAGCUGAUAAAAAUGGGGAUUGAUCCAAAUAACCAUAAGUUGAACCAAUUCCCUCCUCGUCCUCAACCCCAAAAUGUUUCUUCGUCUCCCACAUCAAAGAACAUCGAUGCAUGCAAGCAGAAAGUAGUAUCCUCUGGUGAAAAUGAUGGGGUUUCAGAUGCAACAAGUUCUCUUGAAGAAGAUGAAAAAUCAAGUUUUCCCAACUUGAAUCUUGAUCUUACAAUUGCCAUUCCCUCUCCUCCAUCCAAAAAUAUUGUUGAAGAAAUGACUCGGAUUAAUACUGAGUUCAUAGUGAGAAGUAAAGUACUAGAGAAUGAACCUACACUUCUUCUUUUUAGAUGAUAAAGGGGCUUGGGGAUUUUGGAGGGCAAUAGAGCAAGAGGGAAAGGAAAAUUACAACUUUUUUUCAUGUUUUCCUUGUACCAAUGAAAUUGAACCCUAUUAAUUACUAAUUUCUUUCUUGGGAGAAAAAUAAAUUGAAGGAUUGUUCCGUGCCACCCUUUAAUUAGCAAUAAAUUAAUUGUCACUAGCUACCAAAGGAUAAAACUGAAUUUGUUGCUGAUGUGUUCUUCAUAUCCUAAAUUGAGUAGCUGGACUUGAAAAUACAGAUGUCAAGGUUGUAAUUUAUACAUACAUUUUCAUUUUUGCUCUUCCAGCUAUUAAUUAUAAGAUCAAAUGAAGAGGCUUGCAGUAA